GUCCCACCAUCUGAGCGGACAACGGCAUAGGCAUGAGAAAGACUUGCCGUAGUACGCCAACGAGAAACGUGGCACACAUCAUAACCGAUAAUAUCCACGAUGUGAUGAAUCAUAUCCAAAUUCCCUUCCCCGUGACGACACUGCGCGUGCUUUGUGCAGCAAUCCUUCCCUUCAAAUGAGUCAUUGGGAUCUUCUGACCUCGAUUUUAGCCGAUUUCUUACCAAAAUCUGAAAGCUUCAAUUAGGCAUUGCGAUCUUAAACAUUGUAGGGCAAACGGCAAACCAAUCGAAGUCGCGAAGUCACCGUUGGAACGAAGAGGAUAUUUUUAAUAGGGACAAGUAAUGGUCAUUCAGUGCAGAUACAAUGGAAAAUAAUGGAAGAAAUGUUAAACAGCCUACUGAGAGUUCAAAAAAAAACAACGAAGAGAAAAAUUCUUCAGUGAAAGUUACUGAUUCCAUCUUUGUCAACCAUGCUGAGAUGGCAUGGCAUGAGAGGAGAAAACAGUGGGUUGGUGAUCAAUCCCUGAAAUCACAAAGAAUGUCUAAAGACCCUAUUAUGAGCUGGACAAUGACUUAUGAGGAUCUGCUUUCAUCUACUGAACCUUUUCACCAGCCAAUUCCACUAGCUGAGAUGGUGGAUUUCUUAGUUGAUAUCUGGUAUGAAGAGCGCUUCUUUGACUAGAUCAUGGGGAACUUUGGUUUUUUCAGUAGACACAAACAGUGUUCCAGUUUUUGUUUGUGGAGGUUUUCAAAGUCGAAGUGAAAUCCUUUGCUGAAUAGCCGCUGUUCUUCAAAUUGAUUGAAUGACAUUAUGUAGUUAGUUUUCUAAUUAUUGGCUGCAUAAAUGGAAUUGUUUUACAAAAUAUUUGGUGUCGAGCUAGUGACACUUUGAUUAAAUGGUAUUUUCUGAUCAUUUUAUGCUGUGAUGAAGACUCUGAUUGAAUGACCGUUUCAUGUUGAAUGAAAUCUCCGAACUGGUUUGAAGUAACAGAACUGCACUUUUGGUCCUCUUUGGAUGCAACUGCAGUUGUCCUUUUCAGAACUGAGGCAGACAUACACUAUUCCUUCUAUAUUGUUAAUGACCCCCAGAAGAACUAUUCACUUGCAGAUAUAGCUGCAAGGGAGAUACUGUGUAUGGUUGCAGAUGACUUUCAAGUGAAGCUCAAUCAGAAGCAUUGAUUAUGCCUUCUCAGGAGCAGAGUCAACUUUUCACCAUGUUUGUAGAUGUUGGGCUUUGCUUCUUCAUGCUUAAUUCAGUUUCAGUUGAAUUGCCUGAUCUCUUUGGGGUAACCUGUGUUUUGGAUGAUAAUUACAUGCACAAGAAUAUUCCUUCAUGAAGGUUUUCAGUUUUGAGUAUGUGCUAAAAGCAAUAACCUGCCAUUUUGUCUGCUACAUGAACACAAGAUGCUCUUUGGUAAAAGGCUGCUGCUUGAAAGUCCAUCACCGUUGUCCCUCUUAGAAUCUUGUAAAUCAAUCAAGCAAGCACUCCAAAUUCAUGCACAGAUUGUUCUCAAUGGCCUCCAAUGGGACCUUUUCUCUGUCAGCAGGCUCAUCUCCUUCUUCUCCCUCUCAGAUUCAAAAGAUGGUCUUGAUCAUGCUCGUCUUCUUUUCAUGCCAAUUGAUCGCCCUAAUUUAUUCAUUUGGAAUACCAUGAUCAGAGGCUAUGCUCGCAGUGAUUCCCCUCAAGAAGCAUUUGCCCUUUUUGUGUCCAUGACCACCAAAGGAAUAGAAUCACCCAAUAACUACACCUUCCCAUUUUUGCUUAAUUCCUGUGCAAGGCUGCCCAGUGCUGAGCAGGGGCGAGAGAUUCACUGUUGCAUUAUUAAAAAUGGCUUUGAAUCAGAUGCAUACACCAGGAAUUCUCUCAUUCAUUUUUACUCUGUUUGGGGAUAUAUGGAAGAUGCCUGGAAUAUAUUUGAUGCAAGUUCUCUUAGGGAUCUUGUUUCAUAUAACACCAUGAUAAAGGGCUAUGUACAAGUUGGUCAACCUGAAUUUGCUCUAUGCCUCUUCAAAGAGAUGCAGCAUUUGAACAUUAAGCCUGAUGAAUUUACUUUUGUGGCAUUGUUUUCUACUUGUUCAAUGUUGAAUGAUUCUAAAAUUGGGAAAGAGGUUCAUGCCUUGGUUUAUAAGACUUUGAGUCCCAUUGAUUCUAAUGUUUUGAUGAAGAAUGCUAUCAUUGAUAUGUAUGCUAAAUGUGGGUCAAUGAAUAUGGCAGAGAAGGUAUUUGGCACAAUGAGGGGUAGCAGAAGUCCAGCAGCUUGGAGUUCUAUGAUAUCGGGUUAUGCUCGAACCGGCGAAAUUGAUAUUUCUCGAGAGUUGUUUGAUCAGAUGCAAGAACAUGAUGUUGUUUCUUGGACAGCAAUGAUCAAUAGUUACUCUCAGGCAGGGCGGUCAAGUGAAGCAUUGGAACUUUUUGUAGAGAUGGAAAGUCAAGGAAUAAAACCAGAUGAAGUCACAGUGGUUGCAGUAGUUUCAGCCUGUGCGCAGCUUGGUGCUCUUGGGUUUGGUAAACAGAUGCAUCACCGGUAUGUAGAAAAUGGAUUAUUUGGUCAAAAUUCCAUUCUUACAUCAUCUAUCAUAGAUAUGUAUGCAAAAUGUGGAAGCAUAGAUACAGCUCUUAAUAUAUUCCAUCAAACCCCAAAAAAUUUGAGGACCAUUGUCCUCUUUAAUUCCAUAAUCUCUGGUCUUGCUCAACAUGGACUCGGUGAGAGUGCUGUAACAGUUUUUAAAGAAAUGGAAUACAUGGGAUUGAAGCCCAAUGAAAUUACAUUCACAGGGCUCUUGUGUGCUUGCAGCCAUGGUGGUCUAGUUGAAGAAGGUAAGAAGUGGUUUGAGUACAUGUUCAAUGAUUAUGGAAUCAAACCAAAGGUGGAACAUUAUGGUUGCAUGGUUGAUAUUCUUGGACGAGGUGGGCAUCUGGAGGAAGCAUAUGACCUAAUUCAGAAAAUGCCCUUCAAACCAAACUCCGUGAUUUGGAGAGCUCUGUUGGGUGCCUGCAGAAUCCAUGGAAAUGUUGAAGUGGCCAAGAUUGCAGGCCAAAAACUACUGGAAACUGAACCUGAUCACGGGGCUCAGUAUGUUCUGUUGUCUAAUAUGUUUGCUGAUGCAAACCAAUGGGAAGAAGCUGUGAGAAUGAGGAAAGUGAUGGAAGACAGAAGCAUCGAAAAGCCAGCUGGAUGGAGUUACAUAGAGAUAAAUGGAACUCUUCACAGAUUUUUCGCAAGUCACAAGUCACACCCACAAGCGAAUGAGAUCGAGCUGAUGGUCAAGGACAUGGCUGUGCGACUGAAAUCUGCUGGGUAUGUUCCUAGCACAGCACAAGUGGUUUUCGACAUCGAUGAGGAAGAGAAGCAAACUGUUGUUUCCCAUCACAGUGAGAGAUUGGCUUUGGCAUUUGGGCUUAUAAAUUGCAGUUCCAACGAUACCAUUAGAAUAGUGAAGAAUCUUCGUAUCUGUGCAGACUGCCACUUGGUAUUCAAACUCCUGUCUAAGAUAUACAGUAGGGAGAUUAUAGUGAGGGAUGCAAUUAGGUUCCACCAUUUUUCAAAUGGGUUUUGCUCUUGUAAGGAUUUUUGGUGAUGGAAUUUGAAGUCUUAUCAUGUAUGGAAUUUUUCAAA